CGUAGCUUUUGUGAUCUUAUAAAUGAUUAAAAAUACACACAAAGUGACGUUAGCUGAUGAAUAUUUCUCGUAGAACAAAACAUAAGAUCUCGCGAGUGUAGCAUUUCGCUACACUCGCAUUAACAUCUGCUAACCAUGUGUAUGUGACAAAUAAAAUUUGAUUUGACCUGUGUUUAUCGCAGACAUUAUGUUUCGCGUUGAUCAUCCAAUUUUCUCCAUAGGCUUGGUGCAACGAACCAUGGCAGAGUUGGUGCCUACAAAAAUACGCCAUUACUAUGUCUCUAUUAGACGUCUUCACGGGUCCAACAUACCAGAUAUUCCGAGAAACGACCUGGAAGCAGGUCCUACAUUUUGAUUUUUGUCUCGGGUCUGAUAUAAACGGCACUGGUCUGGGUAAACGUUAUUUACUGACUGGACCCGAUUUGGAUCCUUCCUCUGUUCAUUUAAUUUGUGAGGUGAUGUCAACUGCGCAAGCUUCCUAUCUGUGUAAGCCAAUUGCGACUCAAUACAAUUUAUUAAGAGUAUAGUGAAAAUAAGCCGAAAAGGGGAUUGUCCUCCAUGGGGGAAAGUUUUAAUAUUGUAGUGGACAAAGAUGAGGAUAACGUAAUCGGACCAGGUGUACUGUGUGCAACCCGCUAUUCAGCUCAGUACCAUGUCAGGGUUUUUGGACAGUGUCCGGUGCGGAGACUGCGAGUGCAAUGUGGACUGGGGAGAGAGGCGAAACACCAUGGCAUCUAUAGCUGCUGGAGUCCUGUUUUUCACUGGUUGGUGGAUAAUCAUUGAUGCAGCUGUGAAAUAUCCAGAUGAGGCGGUCUUCCAUCAUGCCUAUCACACAUGUGGAGUCAUCGCUACUGUGGCUUUUCUCAUGAUCAAUGCUGUCUCGAAUGGCCAGGUGAGAGGGGACAGCUACAGUGAAGGUUGCAUUGGGCAGACCGGAGCUCGUGUGUGGCUCUUCAUUGGCUUCAUGCUGGCGUUCGGCUCUCUCAUCGCUUCCAUGUGGAUCCUGUUUGGAGGCUUCGUAGUGCCCAAGAAACCUGUUGUGUAUCCUGGUAUUGCGGUUUUCUUCCAAAAUGCAUUCAUUUUCUUUGGGGGCUUGGUGUUUAAGUUUGGACGCACUGAAGACUUGUGGCAGUAAGGGUUUCUGGUUUCUGUCAACUGUCAUACUAUCUGUUCUCUUAUUGUAUGAGACAGUAGUGUACGCUUUGGCCUGUCAAAACACUACCUUCCGUCUUUCAAGUGAAAAUAUUCACUUUAUAUAAUGACUUUAUAAUUUUGCUUUUUAGAUGAACUUGUUUAAUUUAUAAGUAGGUUGGUUGUUGCUGUACAAAUGUACAUUUUACUAAAGCAUCAUUUGCUGUUCCAUCUUUUAAUUCAAUGUUCUUUUCUUUUGAAUUCUUGUAAUGGGAUCUAGGUGUCUUUUCACUCCAAAUGUGUGGAGCCAUUCUGUUACAAUAAUUUACUACCUUCCAUUAUUUAUCUUGGAAACUGUGCAAAAUAAUAAAUGAGCAGAUUAUUAUUUUCCUUUUUAUUGUUUUUACAAUACACAUUUGUGCACUAAUAAUGUUUAAAAAUAUUUUGCUUUCUGAUGAGGGCAUACAUCAGGGGGGGCAUGACAUCUAUGGAAGUGUUAGUCUUGUAAAUAGCCUAUUUUCUUAUGAUACAGUUACUGAUAAUAAGAAUUUAACCUUUAAUGUGGGCAAUUUGUCUUUCCUAUUGUCGAGAUGUGGGGUCUGUAAUUAAGCCAUUCUACUGAACCAUAAUCUGAUAGUUCAUAAUUCAAGGUGUAGUUUAAAGGAAGGAUUUAAUUCUGAGGUUUCGAUGCUCUGACCACGAUCUCUGUUCUUUGACUAUGUAUUUGACUGCAAUGCUUAUACUCUCACAGUACUUGUAUAGUAACCAAACUGAGAUCACUGAACCUGAACAACUAUGGCAGCAUUAAAUUGAAAAUGUAAAACAA